UAUUAUUUCAUCGUGGACCCAAAUAAGCAGCCUUUAAAAAGACUAGCAACUUUCUGAAGUUUAACAGAGUCUAGUAGGUUCCAAAGGAUAACCAUCGUUUAAUAAAGAAUUUUACUAUAAAUACAUAGAAAAGAGAAAUAACAGAAGAAGAAUGUUGUCUACCGUUGCAAUUUUCACUAUCCUGUUCGGUUGUGCUCUGGCAAGAGACAUUAGGUCAGAAACCACCUGCCAGACUCACAAACGCAACUCUGCAGGCCAGCGAGCCCUAAUGCACUGGGACAUCCAGUGCGAUGCCCAGGGAAACUAUCUACCCCUGCAGUGCACUGUUGAGACCCCAAAAUGGUGCGCCUGCUAUAACAAAGAGGAUCCAAUCACAAGACCUUCCAGGAGUACCACUUCUUGCGAGUGCCACUUGGCUAAGGACUUAGCAAUAAAAGCCAACAAAUCCCCAUGCGAAAUCCCCGAAUGCCACAGGACUGGAAAGUUCGAGAAGAAGCAGUGCUGCACCAGAGACAAUAAAUGCCGUUGCGUUGACCCCACCACUGGCCAGACGACUGUUCAGCCAACCGCCGACAGGAACCUAAAAUGCCCUUAAUCGAACAUCGAGAAUCUGCGCUAGUGAUGAUGAGGAUAAUAAUACAAGAUUUGCGAUUUUUUUUUUUAUGAAUAAAUGGGAUUUAUACUUUUUCAUUUAUACAAGACAGUCUAGACUCUUAGAUUACUAAUUUAAAAAGAAUCUUUAAUAAUGGGUAUUUUGUCAAAACAACUACAAAAUGGGGUCUUUCUUACCCUUUUUAAAAAGAUAAUAUGGCAUAAAUUUUCAUUUUAUUUUUCAGCUUUAGCAAAGUUAUCCACGAAAUUUUGGAUUAUGCAAUAAGACAAGAAUGAAAAAUUAUUUUAAAGAUGAUUAGAAGCAAAAUAGUUUUGAGAAAAGGCAAUAUACUCUAUCCUGCCAUUAAUAUAAAAAAUAUGUAAAAAUCUAUCUCCACUCAAAAUGGCAAAGUGAAUGAGAUCUCAAAAAUACAAAUACUCUUCAUUCAAUUAAACGUAUAAUUAAUUGUUGGCCCAGCUUAUGUGUUAGAAAGUAUGAUACAACUCUCACUCGACUGAGAAUAGGUCACACUCGACUCACGCACAGGCAUUUAUUUAUUGAUGGGAGAAUCCGCCCCUCAAUGUAGAGAAUGUCAAUGCCCGUUGUCUGUUCAGCACAUUCUAAUUGAUUGCCCGCAAUCUAUUUCGCAACGUGUCGUUUAUUUUCAGUUUUCUUGUACCAUUUUAAAAGACAUUCAUCACAAAGUUAAACAUUCGCAUCUUUUUAUUUUUUUAAAAAAAUGACAGGAUUUUACCAUUUGAUAUAAUUAAAAGUAGUUCAGUUUUAAAGUUUACUUACUGCUUUUUAACGUAUACCAUAAAAGUUGAUAAGUCAUAAAAAAUGAUAAGAUUUUAUAUAAGAGUUUUAAUUUGUAUAUAACAGUUCGAGUCAUAACAAAAUUUUAAUUCGUACCAUACAUUUGGUGCAGCAUAAUCAAGAAUGGUUUUUGCGCCACUAAACCCCACUCAAUCAAAUCAAUCAAUAGAGACAAAAUAGAUUAGUUCUAAGGGAUGAAACAAUUUUAAAGGGCUAGUGUUCCGAGGGAUGCGAUAACCGAAAUUCAGGGGGAAUUUCCAAGUGCUAUAGAGUCAUUAAAGGUUAUAAUUUGAAUGUUCUUUCAGAUUCCAUGAGCUAGAAAAUUUUUGCAUCAAAUGCGAGGCCUACAUGUGCUUUUUUGGUAUCUCCUUUCGUCAUUUCUACUUAUUUUUUCGAUUUCCUAUGUUUAAUACCCACAUUACUUGCUUCAGUGUUUGUGUUCCAUAACUAUGCAUAUAUACAAAUAAACUUUGGCUCUAUAU